CUAGUGCUGGUUCUGCCAGCUUCUCCAGUUGCGGGUUUGCGCCUGCCCUGCCGAUGCUCCCCCAGUCAGCUUCCUCUCUGUUUCUGCUUACGAACAGCCUCCCCCCACGAUCCAGCCGAAUAUGAAUGCCGUUGUGGUUCUCCGUGGGACGCCUCGCUGCUGGUUCUCCGACCCGCUGCCCCCAGCUGGCUUCAAUCAUAAUUUAUAUAUGAGUCCCUGCAUCCCUUCAUGCGUCUGACUUUUCUUCUCUCUCGCAUCACUCCAAUGAUCGCUUUCCCUUGAUUACCUUCCUCUGGAAUUGUUUUCCCUCCCUUAGAUAGAUGCGGUAAUCAUACUCCCCGGUCUAUAUCCAAUCCUGUCCAAUCCUAUCCACCAACCAAUUGUUCACUGUCGAUCAUCACCCCGCAAACGACUAGUACCUUAUCCUCAUCGCUUGUUGAUCGCAUACAAUCGUCAGUAUGGGCCAUCCCCAGGAACACUACGACAUUGUCAUCGUGGGCGCAGGCCCUGUCGGCAUUUUGUUGUCGCUUUGCAUGUCCCGAUGGGGCUACAAAGUAAAGCAUAUUGACAACCGACCUGUGCCUACUGCCACUGGGCGUGCCGACGGAAUUCAGCCCCGCUCCACUGAGAUCCUCCGAAACCUGGGACUCAAGCGCCAGAUCAUGGCUUACGAGCCCGCCAAGGUCUAUGAUGUCGCUUUCUGGGAUCCUCUCGCCGACGGAAAAGGUAUCCACCGCACUGGUAGCUGGCCUAGUUGCCCGCGCUUCAUCGACACCCGCUACCCGUUCACCACCCUGGUACACCAGGGUAAGAUCGAGCGUGUUUUCCUGGAUGAGAUCAAGAAGGCUGGUACGACCGUGGAGCGUCCGUGGACCAUCCAUGGAUUCAAGAACGAUGGCCUGGAUAAGACGUACCCCGUCGAGGUCCAGCUGAAGUCUAUUGACACCAAUGUCAUCGAGACUGUUCGCACGAAGUACCUCUUCAGCGGUGAGGGCGCUCGGAGUUUCGUCCGGCAACAGCUUGGUAUCAACAUCCGACACAAGGAUCCCAUCUCCUAUGUGUGGGGUGUUAUGGAUGGUGUUGUGAGGACGAAUUUCCCCGAUAUCGAGACGAAGUGUACUAUCCACUCGGAUGCCGGCUCGAUCAUGGUCAUCCCCCGUGAAGACAACAUGGUUCGCUUGUAUGUCCAAAUCGCGUCCUCCACCGAUCCCGAUUUCAACCCGAGAAAGACUGCGACCGCCGAAGAGGUCCAGAACACCGCGAAGAAGAUCCUCCAGCCUUACACGCUGGAAUGGGAUCGCGUGGAAUGGUACUCUGUCUACCCCAUUGGACAGGGUAUCUCCGAGAAAUACACUCUGGACGAGCGUAUUUUCAUGGGCGGUGAUGCUUGCCACACGCACAGCCCCAAAGCUGGUCAGGGAAUGAACACUGCUUUCCAUGAUGCCCUCAACAUGGCCUGGAAGCUGCACGCCGUUGAAUCUGGGCUUGCCGACCGCUCCAUUUUGAGCACGUACGAAAGCGAGCGCAAGGAUGUUGCGGAAACCCUGCUCGACUUUGAUGCCAGAUAUGCUGCCCUGUUCUCUAAGCGCCGCCCAUCUGCCGGCGAGGUUGGAUCUGCUAGCCACACCGCCGCCGCUGCCGGCGCAGAGGAGGACCCAUUCGUCAAGACUUUCAAGUCUUCGUGCGAGUUCACCAGUGGUUAUGGAGUUGCCUACAAGCCCAAUGUUUUCAACUGGGAUGAAAGCCACCCUGCCCAGUCGCCUCUGUUCAAUAUCCCCGGUGUGAAGCUGACUCCCGGCCGCGCUUUUACGCCUUCGACCGUCACCCGGCUUGCGGAUUCCAACUCGGUGCAUUUGGAACAGGAGAUCCCUGCUAACGGUGCCUUCCGAAUCUUCAUCUUCGCCGGAAAGCAGGCCAACACCAAGAAGGCCAUUGCGGAUUUGGGUGCCAACUUGGAGAAGGAGCGCUCGUUCCUCUCCAUGCACCGUAGACCCGACAUUGCGGAUGUUUCGUGCUUCGAGCGUCACCAGCCCCACUCGAAACUCUUCACCAUCUGUCUGGUCUAUGCUGCGGAGAAGAACCAGAUCGAUAUGGAGGCAGUGCCCCAGAUUCUUCGGGAUUACCACCACCAUAUCUAUGCCGACAACAUUCCCGACGUGAGAGUUCCCACUGCCAAGUUUGCUGCCCACGAGAAGCUUGGGUUCGAUCCCGAGCAGGGAGGUGUUGUUGUCACUCGUCCUGACAGCCACGUCGCCUGUCUGGUGAAGCUGGCCGAAGGCAGCGGCACUGCGGACGCUCUCAAUGCUUAUUUCAAUGCAUUCUCGACGAAGUCUCUGGGCCAGGACCAGCAGCAGAGCCGUCUAUAAGCAAGAAGCAUUUGUUAUGUCUCUGUAUCCUAGUAUCUGACAUGAUAGACUGAUGUAUAUACCUGUCUCGGAGUUUCUUUUUGUGGUUUGAUUCGUUCAGUUUGAGCGACUGUGGAACAGCAUGUUUGGCGUUUAUAUAUUUACUUGCAAUCAAGUUAGACUUCUUAUAUG